UAUUCGGGCGCUCAUUCACGCGUGCUCUACGUGCGUGAUUAUCUUUCGAGUGCUGCAGAUGAGGCUCAUGUCAUACCUGAGUAUGUGUAUGGGACAGGUAGUUCGGCGGUGGGUAAAAUAACGGAAUUCUUGCAAGCCAUUAUCGAUGGCAUACGUCAACUGGCUGAUUCAGUGUGGCAAAAUAUAUUGCCUGGCUGGGCGUACAUGAAGGAGCAUUUCCGGAAAUUGUUGACCGUACGAUGGGAAGAAAGAAUUGUAAGGAUUUUGCCUGUUUUUUAA